AGAGGGGGGAAGCUGGCACUCUCUUCCUGCUGAAUGCGCCAGACAGCAGUGGGGCUCCAGUUGGCUGUGUGCGCUCAGACGCACAGACGCAAAACAUCCCACUGGCUGGACUUGUAGGACACUCGCUCCCGUCUCGCCCUCCACCGCUGCUCUGAUCCCUUGUCUUUGUCUCCCCGCGGUGAGAAGACCACCCGCACGGGAGGGAAAGAGAGAGAAGAAAGACGCACCUCUGCUCCUUUUUUCCUUGUUUUUCGCUGGAUAGACCACUUAGAGUGAGAGAAACUGUGCCGAAGCAUCGCGACUGGACACUUUUUUUUUUUCUUUUUUUGGAAAGGGGGAAUUAUUUCUCGCAUGAGGCGAGCUGGAUCUGUUGUGUUCAGCGGGGGCGCACACUGCUACGUCUUUUCCAUGGAUUUCAAUACAGUGGAGGUACCCUGGGAAUUAAACUACUCUUAAGUCGCUGUUACUUCUCAGAUUUUGUUUCAACGAGGGGGUUUGUGUUGCCCAUGGAGAGGAAGACGAUGAUCCUCGCUGCGCUGUACGUCUUUCUGGCUCUUCUGGAUGUGUUGUCUUGUGCCGAGGAGAACCUGCGCGCCGGGGCCACCCGGCUGGACUGUGUGAGGGCCAGCGAGCAGUGCCUGAAGGAGCAGGCGUGCAGCACCAAGUACCGCACGAUGAGGCAGUGCGUGGCCGGCGGCAAGGAGGGCAAGGAGAGCAACUUCAGCCUGGUGGCCGGCCUGGAGGCGAAGGACGAGUGCCGGAGCGCCAUGGACGCGCUCAAACAGAGCCCGCUGUACAACUGCCGGUGUAAAAGGGGCAUGAAGAAGGAGAAGAACUGCCUGCGUAUUUACUGGGGGAUCUAUCAGACGUUACAAGGUAAUGAUUUCCUGGAGGAUUCUCCGUAUGAACCUGUGAACAGUCGUCUGUCUGACAUUUUCCGGCUGGCUCCCAUCAUAGAGGGUGGGGAACCUUGGAGCAGCUCUGCCACUUCAGCCCCGGGCAGGGGGGGCGCCCAGGGUAGGGUUUCCCUGGGCAGAGAGCCCACUCUGGGCAGAGGGAGCCCCUCCUCCACGGAACUGCAGGAUCCCAGUAGAAACAGGAGAGCUCAUCCCAAUUGGGCCAUACUGGGUGAGCCUGCGGUGGCCAGAGAAAAUAACUGUCUGAAUGCUGCCAAAGCCUGCAACCUGAAUGACACGUGUAAGAAGUACCGCUCGGCCUACAUCAGCCCCUGCACCAGCCGCGUCUCCACCGCCGAAGUCUGCAACAAGAGGAAGUGCCACAAGGCCCUGCGGCAGUUCUUUGACAAGGUUCCUCCAAAGCACAGCUAUGGCAUGCUGUUCUGCUCGUGCCCGAUCAGCGACCAGACAGCGUGCUCUGAACGCAGGCGUCAGACCAUCGUCCCCGUCUGCUCGUAUGAAGAAAAACAGAAACCCAACUGUCUCGAGCUGCAGGCCUCCUGCAAGACCAACUACAUCUGCAGGUCACGACUGGCUGACUUCUUUGUCAACUGCCAGCCAGAGCCUCGCUCGCUGUCGGGCUGUCUGAAGGAGAACUACGCAGACUGCCUCCUCUCGUACUCGGGUCUGAUUGGUACCGUGAUGACUCCCAACUACCUGCGCACACCCAAAAUCAGCGUCUCGCCGUACUGCGACUGCAGCAACAGCGGCAACAACAAGGACGAGUGUGACAAGUUCACCGAGUUCUUCAGCGAGAACACCUGCCUGCGUAACGCCAUCCAGGCCUUUGGGAAUGGAACCGAUGUGGGAGUGUGGCAGCCCAUGUCCCCCGUCCAGACCACCACCUCCACAACCACCCCAUACCAGAGGAACCGCGAGCGCAACCCCAACACCAUCGACAACCACAUCAACGCAGACACCGGCAUCUACCACUUCUGUGGCAACCUGCAGGCUCAGAAGUUGAAGACAAACUCAACUGUUGAUGGCGUCCUUUGUGUGGACCCUCAGAUAGACGGUCCAAGUACGUCCAACGCCAUCCUGAAAAACUCGGCUGUCUCCAGACGGCCCGCGGGCCCGGCCUCUCUGCUGCCCCCGCUGCUCUUGCUGUGGUACUGCAGCCUGCAGGCGCUCUCCUCGCCGGGCGUCUUGUAGCCUCACAAAAACCACAACGGACUGACAAACACACAUUUGUAUAAAAGAAAAAGCAAAACAAGAAAUUAUAUCCUUUCUUCUCAGUAAUACCUGUUGUACUUUUAUUUCCCUCUGGAUUCUAUCUCUCUCUUUUGAUUCCUUCUCUGAUUUUUUUAUGAAUUUUUUGGGAAGCUUUGUUGUUUUAUUGUUUAUUUGGUUUUUUUGCAUUGCAGCUGUGUGCAAAAAAACGGUGAUCUACUCUACGUGUUAACUCAGUUUGGCUUUGUGUUCCCUUUGGGGGUAGUUUGAAAAAAAAAAAGGGAUUUAAAAGCUUAUGUGUUGCUCACUUGGGCAGAAAUUAGAAAAUACUCGAGGACUACAUGUCUAUAAACCACAGCUUGUGGCUUUUUUUGGAAAGGUAAUGUAAAUUAGAAUCGAUUUUCAGAGUCGUCAAAUCUGUUUUCAUCCACGUCUGUUUGUGUGUUGAGGCUAUAGGUGGGGUCUUUCGCUUAAAAGUCACAGUCAGUUCAGUAACGGCUACAUUUUAUCACUCGGGCAGCCUUGUAGGUGUUAUUCAGUCUCCUCUGUGAUUUGUGUAUGUUUUGAUAAUGACGUGAUUUGGUAUUUUACAUUUUUUUUUAGGAAAGAUCCACGUGGAUAUUUACCUGACAGAAAAAGAUAAUGUCACUCAAAAAACCUUUUUCUUUUUUUUCUUUUUGCUUUUUCAGGGUGAAAAACAUCAGAGAAGUUAAAAACAUCUGCGCCCAAACUGUCUUUAGUGUAGCUCAUACUGAACACACACCGCCGCUGGUGAAAGCACACACGCAAAGACCCACAAACACAUACUGCACACUUUCACACACUCAGACGAAACCGUCAGAGACACACACAGCACCAGGCGUUCAGCUCCCCCUUUGCUUUUUUAUUUUUACUCCUGUUUUUUGCCAACAGAGUGAUACUCAGAGAUCACAGGACGGAAGGAAAUACGCUGCUGUGGAUGGCUCAGUCCACUUCACUUCAUUAGUGAUUGUACAUACUUGUAAUUGUUAGAAGUCCAAGCCAUGUUCAGUGUUUCUCUACGAAGGUGACAGAGAAGCUGCUGCAGUUUCACCUUGACUGUUUUUUUUUUCUUUUUUUUGGAAGUUUCAAUGUACUUUUUUCUGCACCGCGUCCACGGAAAAAACAAGAGCUGAGGAAAAAUAAAUAGGCUUAUUGUUGUGGAGUAUAUUGAACAGUGACUCACAUCGCCAUCGCUCCAAAAAAAAACAAAACAAAAAAAAACUCAAGGCUUCCUUUUUCUGUCAGUUGAGUGUUACCACUUCUUGCCUCAAUUGUGAAUCUGUCCACACGUGUUUGGAGGAAGGAGCGAUAGUUUGAAGUUGACCGUUUGCUAAGCCCCUCCCCUGCUGUCACGAGUAGCAUGUGUGCAGUUUACCAUAAUAACUGUGGCAGAGCUGCAGCUGAAUAAUUAGUGAAAAUGAACAAAACACUCUUUUACACUUAAUCAAUUUAAAAGUCUAAAAAGAAACUGGCAGUAAGCGAAGACAUGUCGAUUUUUAUUGUUUACAGCUAGCUCAUUGGAAGAUGAGGACACUCAGUCAGAGUUUUUGUCACACAUGUGAUGCUACAUCAAAUUAGCAUAUCUUGCUAACUCAAUACCUCAGUACAAACCGUGCUGAUGCUAACAGGUCCAGGGCUAAUAGUUAGCAUUCAAUAGUCCUUGUAGAAGACGUAGAAAUGAAGGACAAUAGCGUUAUAAGGAAAAAUAUGAUAUGAAUUCAAUUUGUAUUAUUUGUUUUAAUUCCAUUUAAAUCAUUUUUAUAGGGGAAACUUACUUGGAUGAACAAGAUGAAUGUGUGAAAAGAGAAACUGGCCUCAGUAUCUUUGACAAACAUCCUCACACUCAACAAAGAGCAGAAGAGAGCAGCUAUUAGCUUACAGAUUAGCUUUGGAUCAUUAGCCUCCUUCUCCUUCUUUUUUUACUUAAAACAUUGUAGUAAGCUAUGAUAAGCUCCUUAGCAUUGGAAGUGAUGCUAUAGAGUAGUAGUGUUAUAUAGGUAGGUGUGCUCACACAAGCAGCUGGGAACUGUUGAAGUCAUUCCUUCCUGUUUUGCUCUGACAUUUUUGGUCCUGGGUGGAAAACAACAACCAUCUGUUUGCUCAGUGGAUGCAGACGACGUCAGCGUGUUGAUUGGACCGUGAAGCCCUGAAAAAAAAAAAAAAAAAAAAAGAGCUGCUUAAACAAUGAUUGCAUUGAUUAAAGGCGGGGUUUAUCAAACGGUCAAUCCUGGCUUUUUCUACGAAUCGGACUCCAGCAAAACAUGUGACAUGUGACUUCUGUACCGUCUGUAAUAACGUCAGAGCAUUUUGUACGUUUGCUCCUGAGGACUAACAAAAAAAAAAAUUUAAAAAGCAUCGCAGACACGCUCAGUUCUCAGAUGUAUUCUCAUCUGUUCUCAUCAGCUCUUCAGAUGGAGGCGUUUGGUUUCUCCCCACAGGAAAUAGAAAACCUUUCACUUCCCUGCAACACACACACACACACACAUGCGACUCAGACGUUUACACACAUCGCCGUGGGCAUGUUCGACGCGUUACUUUAGCCACUCGGAACACUGACGGGAGCAUUUUGCGACACGCUGCUUGGGUUUGUGUAGCUCCUCGAAAAACAUGAUUAAUGUAUUGUAGAACUUCAAUGUUAUUUACCGAAGCAUUAACAUGGUAUAUGCACUGUAUGUACUUGGCUGAAACUAUAAAGUGGACAAAUAAAUGUCUGAUGAUAUUCUA